UAAUUAAACAUCAAAAUGGUUUCGCUAAACCCGAUAAGAAUUUUGAAAAAUGAAGCAGAAGAAGAAAAAGCUGAAGUAGCCCGUAUGUCCAGCUUUAUUGGGGCAAUCGCUAUUGGUGAUUUGGUCAAAAGCACCUUGGGCCCCAAAGGAAUGGAUAAAAUCUUGGUUUCUUGUGGCAGAAAUUCGGGCCAGGUUGAAGUCACAAAUGACGGUGCCACUAUCUUAAAGUCCAUUGGUGUUGAUAAUCCUGCUGCCAAAAUUUUAGUAGACAUGGCUAAAGUUCAGGACGAUGAAGUUGGAGAUGGAACUACUUCAGUAACAGUAUUAGCUGCAGAAUUACUCCGCGAAGCUGAAAAACUUAUUGAACAGAAGCUGCACCCUCAAACCAUUAUUGCUGGAUGGCGCAUUGCGGUAGAUGCCGCUAAGCAGGCUCUGGCGGAAGCCAGUUUUGAUCACAACAAAAACUUCAAUGAUGCUGCUCUCCGAGCUGACUUGGAAAACAUUGCUCGCACCACAUUAAGCUCAAAGAUCUUGUCAAACCACAAAGAGCACUUCACUAAGCUGGCAGUCGAUGCAGUUCUGAGGCUCAAGGGGUCUGGCAACCUCAAGGCUAUUCAAAUCAUUAAAAUAUCUGGUGGUUUAUUGGAAGAGUCAUUCUUGGAUGAAGGUUUUCUACUCAAUAAGAAGGUUGGUGUACAUCAACCGAAACGCGUUGAGAAUGCAAAUAUUCUGAUUGCCAACACUCCCAUGGACACAGACAAAAUCAAAGUAUUCGGCUCCACAAUCAAGGUUGACUCUAUGGCUAAAAUCGCUGAGCUUGAAGUUGCUGAGAAAGAGAAAAUGAAAGAAAAAGUAAACAAAAUCUUGGCACACAAAUGUAAUGUAUUUAUUAACAGACAACUGAUCUACAACUACCCCGAGCAGCUUUUUGCCGAUGCUGGUGUAAUGGCUAUUGAACACGCAGACUUUGACGGCAUUGAAAGGCUGGCUCUUGUCACUGGUGGUGAAAUUGUCUCCACAUUCGACUCACCAGACAAAGUCAAGUUGGGCCACUGCAAAGUUAUUGAGCAGGUGCUGAUCGGAGACGAGUGCCUGAUCCGUUUCUCCGGCGUCGAGCUUGGUUCGGCGUGCACCGUGGUCAUCCGCGGCGCCACGCAGCAGGUCAUCGACGAGGCCGAGCGUUCGCUGCACGAUGCAUUGUGCGUGCUCGCCGCCACUGUGAAGGAGCCCAAAGUUGUCUAUGGCGGAGGUGCCAGCGAGAUGUUAAUGGCCGAAGCCGUAUCGAAGGCGGCCGCGCGUACUCCAGGCAAAGAAGCGGCGGCGACCGAAGCUUUCGCCGUGGCGCUACGCCGACUGCCGUCUGCCGUGGCCGACAACGCUGGUUAUGACAGCGCCGAGCUCGUCGCGCGUCUGCGGGCCAGCCACGCGCAGGGCGAGAAUACUAUGGGACUAGACAUGGAGAACGGCCGCGUGGGCGACAUGAAGACACUAGGCAUCACCGAGUCCUACGUAGUGAAGCGCCAGGUUCUGCUCUCAGCGUCCGAAGCCGCUGAGGUCAUCUUACGUGUGGACAACAUCCUCAAGUCGGCGCCGCGUCGUCGCGGACCCGAUCGUCGCCCAUGCUAAGCACCGGAGUUAUCUUAUAUCCAGCUUAUCGUUAUAACGUCUAAUACGAUGAGAGCUUGUCAGAUCGUGUUGAAUAAACAUUAAACUUCAACUGGUUUGAACGUAUACUAUUUUGCUUCACGUAAUCACAACAGGAGUCAAUUUAUUGACUUCCUUUUAACAUUUAAUUAAAUGAAUGCACUUGAUUUGUCAAACUAAACAUUUAUUUGUGAUGAAUGAGAAAUAAUUAUUUUUAUGUCACAAUUACAUUUUAUUUGUGAUUAAUUUUAGUUGGUUUUAGUAUUGCUAGAAGAAUACAAAUGACGAAGAACUGCAAGAUAAUUUUCAUGAAUAGGCUUUAGUUUCUAUCGCUGCAGGUGCCUUUAUGUAUUAACUAUUUAGAUUUAAUAAAAACUUAACACACGAAA